AUGGUAGCCAACAGUGUCAACGGCGCCUCCUUGCCGUCACCGGCGCCAUCGGACGAAGGCUAUAGCGCGGGGACAGCGACCGGGAGAAGGACGACAGAGGAUGUGGCUUUGAACAUUCCAGCACCGUCUACCUCUGCUUCUGCAUCCCCCAUCAUCACGCAAUCGUCCAUCUUCACGCCUCACUCGCACCAGCACUUCACAAACAUGGGCGCACCUCAAGCAACUUUCCAGGUAGGAAUGCAGCCACAAUCACAAUCACGACAAUUCCAGCAGCCAGUUCGCCAACAUUCCCCACUUCAGACCCAGUGGCAGUGGCAGCGGCAGGGUCAGCGCCAGGGCAGCCAUUCACGAACAAAUAGCAUCAAUCCAUCUGCGACCAUGUCUGGAGUGACUGCUAGACCCUUACGUACUCCAUCAAUAGUGCCGUCAAAUCAUCACGGUCAUCCGAUGCCAACCCAGAUGCAUAUUUCAGCCUCGCGCAGGGCAAGCGAAGAUUUGCUCGAUGAGAUCAGCCGGAAUGAGAAAUCACUAAGCCAAGCUGGACGGCUUACACCGACCAACAAUGGCCGGCUCUUGCUGCUGAAAGAUGYCGUUUCGCAGGGAGAUUGGUUCUAUCAGAUUCUGAGCCAACUCUUCUGUCUACGUACAUUAGCGCCCGACACGCUGCCACAAUCAAUACGCGGAGUCGAUCCAGAGUCUUUCGAAAUGCUAGAUGCUCUGCUGUGUUCUAACAAGGAUGUUGACCCGGAGUUGUUACGUUUCUUCGCGCGCUUCCCCGAACCAAUUAUGAACAUUUAUUCAAACCCCUCCGGAGAAGCCAGAGAACUAUAUGAGGACAGGCUUCGCAUGGUAAAGGAUUUCUUGACCAAGCUACCACUGCAAUGGCAUAGUCUGGUGCGCGGCUGUCAAGCACUGCAAGCUCCUCCAUUAGUUCAGGACAUGAUUGAGACGUUGGGACUGCAGUCCGUCAUCUUACAGACUACAGCAUUCCGCGCAAUUGCAAGAAUGUUUUGGGGCCUGGGUGAAACGAAAGGCAUACGAGCGCUCGAACAGCUCCAUCGCCUUGACCAGGAGACGUUCUAUCGACAAGGAUGGCGUCGGAACCAGGCGGAGAAGAAUGUGUGUUAWCAACAUUACCAAUUCAUCCUGCAGAAAUGGUUACAAGCUGCAGGCGAGCAAAGGGCCAAUUUCAUAACGCCGCCCGAGGUGCUACAGUACUUCAAGCAGAUCCCGCAAAGUACGCUGUUGGCACUACAACAACGGCAACAUCAGCAACAUCAGCAGCAGCAGCAGCGGCAAGCGCAGCAGAUCUCCCAGGCUCAAAUGAAUAACCAGCUGUUGUCGCCAACUCUGCAAAACCAGCACCAAAUGCAAAUACAGAUGCAGAUGAACGCCCAAGCACGGGCUCAGGGUGGGCACAGCCCGAUUGUACAGCAGCAGUCACAGAAUUACACACCGCAGAUGCCCAUGGCACCACCGGGGCAGCAGAUGCCAUUGGGACACCCACGUCAGAGAGUUCCUUUCUUCCCGCGUUCAGAGUGUCAGCCGCGCGCGCAGCCGACGCACCCGGAUCCAAAUCGUUCCGCACUACAUCAGGCACAUCUCCGUAGUCCCAUAUUAGGCCCAGUCACUCCGGAGCCAGGCGCUCCGCGUUUGUACAGACAUGUGGUGGGCUAUGGAAUGCCACCAACGAAGCUCAAAAGGGCGGCGCCCGUUCAACAUAUCGCUUUCACGGUCUCAGAAGCCACCUGGAAAAGACUGGCGAGGAACGAUAUGCCUCUCAAACCGGGCGAGCCGCCUCGGCGUACACUGACGGAGCAGUCGCUUAAUCUGCGCCUGCGCUGUUGUGCUUGCCCCACUAAUGGGUUUGCGACCGAGAGCUCCUGGGUUAUCGCCGAUGGCUACUGGCCUGAAGAGAUGUCCUUCCAGUUGAACGGAAGCGACCUCGAGACACGGCGAAAGUUACAUCACGGCCGAUAUCUGCCGAUCGACUUGACCGAGUUUAUUCGCGAAGGGAGCAAUGUCUUGCAAAUUACACUCAACCGCAUGGACCGAGAUCUCCCAAAGGCGAAUUUCGCUGUGGCUGUCGAAGCGGUGGGCAUCAUGACGCACGAGACCAUUAUAAACAAUCUCAAGCGGAUAUCUGCGGCGGAAUCUCUAGAGUCUAUCAAGAGAUCUUUGUCGGGAGAAGACUGUGGAGACGACGACAUCGCCGUCACGUCGAGUACUAUGACGAUCAAGCUGACAGAUCCUUAUUCAGGCUGUAACAUGGUCAACAUACCUGUAAGAAGCUCCGAGUGUUUGCAUUACGACUGCUUCGAUCUCGAGGUCUUCCUCGGCCAAUGCCGCCGUCCGCACGAAGGCUGGCCCACGAUCGUGGAUUGCUGGCGUUGUCCUCUUUGCCGCAGCGAUGUACGUCCCCAACUGCUUAUUGUCGAUGAAUUCCUGCUAGAAGUCCGGAAGAACUUGGCUAAGCAGAACGCAAUGGACACCCGCGCCAUCGUCGUGGAAGCGGAUGGCUCGUGGAAAGUGAAGAAAGAGGAGCGAAAAGGCGUGCGAUCGUCUUCUCUAGAGCGAGAAGAACGUCGCAAGCAGAGUGCGGCAACACCCACUCCGGCGCCGAAGAAAGUGAUAGAGGUCAUUGAAUUGCUGGACGAUUGA